UAGUCGUGUUUGGAAGCAAAACUAAUCAAAUUGCUAAUAUUUAAGGAUACGGUUGGUUUUUUCCUCAUUAUCAGUGAAAACUGGUGAGGCGAUCGGUACAUGAAGGAAAAAUAGUUUCUCAGUUUCUAGUGGUCAGUUUUUGUGCCGAAAUGUAUAAAUGUAACGUGAAUCAGCUGUGUUUACGGUCAGCGGCUUUUCCUGAUUCACUGAUAUUUCAAACAAUAUCUGGUUUAAACAAACAGGGAAACUGGUAAUGAUUUCCUUGUUUACGGAAUACAAGUACAUACAUAUAUGCAAACGCCUAUGAACGAGUACAGUGAGUGUUACCGAAAGUAUAGUUAUCAAACCGGCUGAUUUUAUACGUAUGUAGAACGAGUGUGAAGUGGGAUAUGCUGAAGGCGGAGACAAGGAUAAACGUUGUAACGGGGACCAACGCAAGGAGCAAAGCCAGCGAUAAAAUAAUGAACAACAGCACAUUGAGAUCGGUGCUAUUAGCAGUGCUGUUUUGCCUUUAUGCGGCGCCCUCGGCAGUAUCGUCGGAAGUUACAGUGAUCACCGAUCCAAAGUUCAGCGCACCUAUCGCGAACGUGACAGCAGCCGUUGGACGAGAAGCAACCCUCACGUGUGUAGUUCAUGAUCUAGGUGCAUAUAAGGUCGCUUGGUUGCGGGUCGAUACUCAAACUAUUCUAACGAUUCAAAACCACGUUAUCACCAAGAACAAACGGAUUGGCAUUAUCUACACGGAGAAGAAAACUUGGCAAUUGAGGAUACGAGACAUUCGUGAGAGCGAUAAAGGCUGGUAUAUGUGCCAAAUUAAUACCGAUCCUAUGAAGAGCCAGAUGGGAUAUUUGGAUGUUGUUGUGCCACCGGACAUUUUGGACUAUCCUACCAGUACCGAUAUGGUAGUGCGGGAGGGUAGUAAUGUAACUAUGCGUUGCGCAGCGACGGGAUCUCCAGCACCUGCUAUUGUGUGGCGUAGGGAAGGUGGCGAAAAUAUAUCGCUGCAAGAUGGCGAAUUAGUUCCAUCUAUUGAAGGGCCAAUGUUCAGUAUUCCAAAGGUGAACCGGUUGCACAUGGGAGCUUAUUUAUGUAUAGCAUCGAACGGAGUUCCACCAUCAGUCAGCAAGCGAGUCAUGCUGAUAGUGCACUUUCCACCUAUGAUUUGGGUGCCGAAUCAGCUAGUCGGAGCAGUAGAGGGACAACGAAUGACGCUGGAGUGUCACUCGGAAGCAUAUCCUAAAUCGAUUAACUAUUGGACUCGGGAAAAAGGAGACAUUGUACCACAAGGUGGCAAAUACGAACCGGUGCUGAUAGACAACGCAUACAAAGUGGUGAUGAAGCUGAGCAUCAAGGUUGUGAGCCAGGCAGAUUUCGGAGCGUACAAGUGUAUUGCUAAAAAUUCCCUUGGGGAAACCGACGGCACCAUCAAACUCUACAAGCUUCCGAAAAGUGCAAUCAAUUCGUUGGACUCACACGAAGGAAGGAGGAAGAAUAAAUCACGCAAAGGACACAUGUUCUACGAAACUAACGAUGUUAUUGAAGAUGAUAUAGAGAGUUCCAGUAAAAGAAAAGAUUUAAUCGUUGGUGGACGGAAUGACGAGAGUUACGAAAUAUCAAGUUCCGUCGCGAUCUGCUCGCCACUUUGCCGACUCCGCCCAGUGCUGUUCGUGCCGGUUUUAUUACUUUUCACUGCAUUGUUGCCGACAGUAUGACGCUUAUAAUGAAUAGGUUACGAUUUGGGUUGCUAACAUGUAAGUAGUUGUUCUAAUAAUCGAACAAGUUGAGUGGAUGAGAUUGCUUGAACGUUUAGCUAAAAUAUGAAUUUACAACCAGUGUGAAUGCAAAACAUUAAUGGAAUAUGUAAAUAGUUAAUAAUAUCAAGCGAAGAAAACUCUUAAAACAAAAGCAAAAAUGAAACAUAUCGUUAGGUAAUUGGGACGUUAAAACACAAACAUUAGGAGGUAAAUUAUUCUAUAAUGAUGUUGUAUAAUACGAGGGUACUAUUCAUAGCAGAGGGCCAAAAAUGCUCGUGCUGUUUAAGACUAACAAAAGCUAUCAAAUAUGUAAAACAAUUGCCAUUGCCGUGUUUUAAAAUGGUAUAGAAGCUUCCAUAUGAUACAAACCAGGAACGGCUUGUGAAUGUAAAUGUUAUCAUUACCGCAUAUGAUCUUGGAGAUAUAAGAGACCAGAGAAAUAAUAAA